AACCAGCAAUGGAAAAUAAGAGAUACCCCUGGUCAAGCAGAAGGGGUGCAAAUCCACUUCAAAGAAAGCCUCGAGGAACAAAUUGCCAACUUACAAAGGAAGGGAGAUUUAGAAGGAGAUACCAUUGGGGUGAAGAUAAGUGGAGAUGGCACAAACAUUGGAAAAAGACUUAAGCUAGGAAAUGUAACAUAUACAAUUUUAAAAGAGAAAGAGGCUGCAAUGAGUGAGAAGGGCAAUUAUGUUCUGGCUAUACUCAAGACAAGUGAAAACUAUGACAAUUUGAAGGAAAGUCUGUCUGAUUUAACACAAGAAAUGUCGAAAUUAAAUAAGGUAACAGUUGAGGGUAAAACCUAUAAUAUUGAAUACCUUCUCGGUGGGGAUUGGAAGUUCCUGGCAUGUGUCUGUGGGUUGGGGGCUGCUAGCCAAGACUACGCCUGUAUCUGGUGCAAAUGCCCUCGCAACCAGAAACAUGACAUCCAAAGGGUAUGGUCACUUUCUAACAGUGCUCAGGGUGCCAGAUCACUGGAGGAAAUUUCAAGCUUUGCCAAAUCAAAAAAGUUUAAUUGCAAAGCAACUCCAUUUAAUUUCAUACCAUUUGAUCAUGUCAUUAUUGAUACCUUACAUUUAUUUCUCUGCAUAUCAGAUAAUUUAACAGAACUUUUAAUCAGGGAAUUAAGGAGAAAGGAUGCUUGUGAGAAGAUAACAACAUUUCACAAUGGUUUUUCUCGAGAGAAAUUUAAACAUAUGGCAGCAUAUGAAACGUUUCUCAAAACCCUUGGCAUUUCUUUUGAGUGGAGAAUAAACAAAGACACAAAAAAACUGGACUAUAGAGAUCUCACGGGUCCUGAAAAACUAAAGGUCAUGCAAAAUAUUCAGUUCUCUUCUCUUUUGCCUGGUUACAACAAUUCAGAAAAGCUUCAGUUACUAUGGGGUGGGUUCAUGGACAUCAUUGGUGAUUUAAAACUUGAUUUUCCAACAGAUCAGUCAAUUGAUCACCUUAAAGAAAAAAUUGAGGGGUGGUUUAAGAUUUUCUUGUCUCUAUACCAAGCCAAAGACAUCACACCAUAUAUGCAUGCCCUAUAUUUUCAUGUUCCUGAGUUUUUAAAGUUGUAUAAAAACAUUGCAUAUUUUAAUCAGCAGGGUAUGGAGAAAUAUAAUGAUGUAGCUUCUAAGAAUUACUUUAGAUCCUCUAACCACAGAGGAAUUUCUGCUUUGCGACAGCUUCUCUUAAAGAAAUACAGAAUUCAAUUUUUGGAAGCAGCUGGGUAUGAGAGGGUGAAACAGAAUUACAAAUGCAGUAACUGUUCCAGUCCAGGUCAUACAAUCAAGACCUGCACCAAGCAAUGUAAACAUUGAUCACCUGCCUGUGCACACCUUGUUAAGUGUGAAGGUAAAUGGGUCCCAAAAUGUUGUUCUGGUGCUUCAUAGAGAUACAUUUUAAAUGGUAGAGAAACAUUGAUUCUCUGGUUACCUAGAUGUAUCACAGUGCAAAGUUACAAUUUGAGGCUGUUGUUUAUUUAUAGAUUACAGAAAACAAAAUCACAACCUCCAUGAUUCCACAAAAAACGGCAUUUUAAAACAAGUUUCAUGAGAUGUAAAAUAAUGGAAAAAUAAUUUCGUUGCAGUGAAGCAGAAGAUGAAAACAUUUUGGGACUAUCCAGGGCCAGAAUAAAAACUGAAGCCUGCUUUACUCACAAUUUGGUACUCAUAACACUUUCCCUUCGUAUCAAUACAGUUUAUAUUAAUUAAUUAUGACAUUGUUUAUAUUGUUAUCUGCAGAAUGAUUAAAAAAAUAUAUAAACUAUAAAGUGAGAUUAUGGAUAAAAACAAGUCAGUUCCUCGUAGCAUAAUUAUGCCUGUUUCCAUCUCCUCUAACAAAUGUAAAUGCUAAAUAAAAGUUGUCCUCUAUUUCAGAUUUGA